CCCUGGUCUCUCUCCUUGGGCCUGCAGACCCUGUGUCUGGGUGACCGCCCUCUCGAGCCUCAGUUCCCUUAAAAGGAAAAGGGACCUUUAAGGGGUCCCUUUAAGGACCCCCCAUUCCAGCAGCCUCUCCUCCUCCCCCCCCUCCUGCCCCCCUGACCCCGUCUCCCUGCUGAGCAGAGGGCAUGGCCCACUCCUGGAUGGAGCCGUCUGAGGCCCUGAACGAUGGAGGGACUUGCUCCCACUGGCAGGAAGUGGCCGAGUCAGGAUUCGAACUUAGAUGUAACAUUCAAGUUUGCGGGAGCGGAAGGAGCCUCACUUAGUACUUCACCCCACCUUCAAGGGCAGGGAAGCUCCUCGCGCAUGCGCCGGCAGAAACCUUUACCGGACUGUGCGCGAGACCCGAGAGCCGUUAAUAACGGACAGAGCUAUUACUAUCGACAAGACAUCAUGGCCACUACUCAGCUCUCUUACUCCGUCGAAACCUACAAGACCACCAAGGAAACAGCUCUGUUCCCAACUCAAAUCACCACUGAGCAUGAAUCUUUAGUGUUGGUGAAGAAGCUUUUAGCCACUUCUAUCUCGUGCAUCACUUACCUGCGGGGGCUGUUUCCAGAGAGUUCUUACGGAACCCGCUGUUUACACGAUCUCAGUUUAAAAAUCCUUCGAGAAGAUAAGAAAUGUCCUGGCUCUCUGCAGAUUAUCAAAUGGAUUAAAGGUUGUUUUGAUGCUUUGGAAAAGAAAUAUCUUCACAUGGCAGUACUUGCAAUUUUUACAAAUCCCAAGGAACCAGAGAAAGUUACAGAGUUAUACCAGUUCAAAUUCCGAUAUACAAAUGAAGGACCCCAAAUGGAUUUUGUCAGCAUGAAUACCAGCUUUGACAGUAGUGGAACAAAUAGUGAAGAGAUCAAGAAGGCCAGCAUCCUUCUCAUCCGCAAGCUGUACAUCCUGAUGCAGAAUCUUGGCCCUCUUCCCAAUGACAUCACACUGACCAUGAAACUCUACUACUACAAUGAGGUGACACCUAAUGAGUAUCAACCCCCUGGCUUCAAGGAAGGGGAAAGUACCCAGAGCUUUCAGUUCCAAGGCGAUCCCGUCAGCUUGAAAUUAGGCGUAGUUUCCACCAAUUUUCAUAGUAUCAAAGUUAAGAUCAUGACUGAGAGCCAGAGGAUGAUGAACGUGGAGAGUAAUCUGCUUCAAGAGAAUACCAUCACUGAGAUCUCCCAUCAAGGCCUCGACUGUGAUGAAGAGGAAGAGGAAGGCAGCAUUAAUAUUCAAAGGCUGGAAUUCAUGGACAGUCAGCAGAGCCCUGUGGUUCUGAGGAAGAGGAGGAAGGUCAGCGAGUCCGAGAAAAUCCUCAUUCCGGAUCGAGAUUGACGAUCGGGCCCCUUCUCCGUGUUUGUUUUUGUCUUGUUGAUCUCAUUGUGCCACAGACCAAGAUAAACUCUCUGGCGAGGAAAUGAAGCCCCUGUGGCCAAAGCUUUGGGCUGCUGCCGGGUUACUAUUCCUGAAUUUGUCUCCCUACCCCGCUUUCCACUGUGGUAAACAAAGGCCGUGAUGUCGGGCUGACUUUGGAGUUCACUCUGGGAGAAGGGAAAUUGGCCAGAGAGCAACAAAGUCAGCAAAAGACCGCCCUGGGUUACAGUUACCACAGGCUUUAGCUGUAGACAAGCGCCCAUUGUGUGUGUGUGUG